UUAAGAUGGCAUGGCUUGCACUUAGGUAUGCCGGCUAAUUGGCUAGAGGUUAAAAGCGCGAAAUAGAGGCAUGUCCUAGCAAAAAGGAGGAAGGAAAAUAAAUAGGCAAAAAAGUUCAAAUCGCAAUCGCAUGAGAGAGAGUGUAUGAGAGUGUGCAGGUGCAGCGGCCAGCACAGGCACAUCAGAUGACGGUGAUUUAAUUUCGAUUUGGUUGGGAGUCCUUUCAUUCUUUGUUUCAAUUUCAUUUCAUUGACGCAAAAACCAUAUAACUAAAAACCGAAAUAAAAGGAAACGCACCGCAAAUCUGGGCGGAAACCUAAGUGAGUCUGUGCAGAUCAGAUCAUAGUGAGAUCCGUUUGGGUGUUGGAAUCGCAUCCGAAUCCAAUGGAAGCAAUCGAAGAAUUGUAUCAGCUUUCUGAUUCCAUGCGCCAGGCCUCCUCCGUCCUCGCCGACGACGAUCCCGACGACCCCGCCACCUCUAAGCGCCCUUCCACCUUCCUCAACGUCGUUGCCCUCGGCAAUGUCGGUGCUGGCAAAUCUGCUGUCUUGAAUAGCUUGAUUGGACAUCCUGUUUUGCCUACUGGCGAAAAUGGUGCAACCAGAGCUCCCAUAAGCAUCGAAUUGAACAGGGACGGCUCUUUAAGCAGCAAGUCCAUCAUCCUGCAAAUUGACAAUAAAUCUCAACAGGUUUCUGCGAGUGCCCUUCGGCAUUCUCUACAGGAUAGACUAAGCAAAGGAUCAUCAGGUAGGAGCCGUGAUGAAAUAUAUCUGAAACUUCGAACCAGUACAGCACCGCCACUGAAAUUGAUUGACUUACCUGGAUUGGACCAGCGGAUUAUGGAUGACAAAGCAAUCAGUGAAUAUGUGGAGCACAAUUGCAUCACGAGCCCUCAGAGUGGCAAAGGAGUAUGAUGCAGAAUCCACUAGAACAGUUGGUGUUAUCAGUAAAAUUGAUCAGGCUGCUGCAGAACCAAAAGCUCUUGCAGCAGUGCAGGCUCUCCUAUUGAACCAGGGACCCCCCAAAACAUCUGAUAUUCCAUGGGUUGCUUUGAUUGGCCAAUCUGUAUCUAUAGCUUCUGCACAGUCUGGGAGUGCAGCAUCUGAAAACUCUUUGGAAACCGCUUGGCGAGCAGAGACUGAAAGUUUGAAAUCAAUAUUGACUGGAGCUCCUCAAAACAAGCUUGGGAGAGUUGCCUUGGUUGAGUCUCUUGCUGGACAGAUUCGCAACCGCAUGAAACUAAGGCUUCCAACUCUUCUCACUGGGCUGCAGGGCAAGUCUCAAAUUGUUCAGGACGAGUUAGUGAAGCUUGGUGAGCAAAUGGUUAGUACAUCCGAAGGUACUCGGGCUUUAGCUUUGGAGUUGUGUCGUGAGUUUGAGGAGAAGUUUCUCCAACAUCUUACUGGGGUUGGAAAGUUGUGGCCAGUUUUGAAGGGAAUUUUCCUAACAGAAUUAAGCAACUUCCUAUUGACAGACACUUCGACAUAAAUAAUGUCAAGAGGAUUGUUCUAGAAGCAGACGGCUAUCAGCCUUAUCUAAUCUCUCCAGAGAAAGGUUUGAGGUCCUUAAUAAAAGGUGUUCUUGAACUGGCAAAGGAGCCAUCGCGCCUAUGUGUAGAUGAGGUACAUCGUGUGCUUGUGGAUCUAGUUUCUGCUGCUGCAAAUGCCACUCCUGGGCUUGGAAGAUAUCCUCCAUUUAAGAGAGAGAUUGUGGCAAUAGCAAGUUCUGCCCUUGAGAAAUUUAAAAAUGAAUCCAAAACGAUGGUGGUUGCACUAGUUGAUAUGGAGCGUGCAUUUGUUCCUCCCCAGCACUUCAUUCGUUUAGUGCAGAGACGAAUGGAAAGACAACGCCGAGAAGAGGAGCUAAAGAACCGGUCGUCCAAAAAGGCAACUGAUGCAGAACAGUCAAUUCUGAGUAGGGCAACUAGUCCUCAACAAAGUGGAGGAAACUUAAAAUCAAUGAAAGAGAAGUCCAAUCAGCCUGACAAAGAUAUACAAGAGCCAUCGAGCUUAAAGACUGCUGGGCCAGAUGGGGAGAUAACGGCAGGAUAUAUGUUGAAAAAAAGCGGAAAGGGUAGUGGUUGGAGUAGAAGAUGGUUUGUCUUAAACGAGAAGAGUGGCAAGCUUGGUUACACCAAGAAACAAGAGGAGAAACAUUUCCGGGGAGUCAUUACAUUAGAGGAAUGCAACAUUGAGGAACUUUCUGAAGAUGAUGAAGCCCCUGCAAAGAGUUCUAAGGAUAAGAAGUCCAACGGACCUGAUUCUGGAAAAACAUCAAACCUUACUUUCAAGAUAACAAAUAAGGUCCCCUAUAAAACUGUCAUGAAAGCUCAAAGCACAGUUUUGUUAAAGGCUGAGAGCAUGGCAGAUAAGGUUGAGUGGAUCAACAAGCUAAGAAAUGUUGCACAGUCUAAAGGUGGUCAAGUCAUCGGUGAGCAGGGUUUUCCUAUGCGACAGAGUCUUUCUGAUGGUUCCCUUGAUACUAUGGCUAGAAAACCUGCAGACCCAGAAGAGGAACUUAGAUGGAUGUCUCAAGAAGUGCGUGGUUAUGUUGAAGCUGUUCUUAACAGCCUUGCUGCUAAUGUCCCAAAAGUGAGUUACCAGUUGUACAGUUCCAUCAGUGCUCAAAGCUCAGCGAAAAUUGAGGAGCUGCUCCAGGAGGACCAAAAUGUCAAGCGCAAAAGGGAGCGUGUUCAGAAACAGUCUUCGCUUCUUUCGAAACUAACUAGGCAACUUGGCAUCCAUGACAACAGAGCGGCUGCAGCCUCCACUUGGUCUGAUGGAGGGAGUGCAAUAGAAAGUAGCCCAAGAACCUCUGGAGCCUCCUCAGGUGAUGAUUGGAGGUCUGCAUUUGAUGCUGCUGCUAAUGGUCCCAGCGACUUGUCAUCUAGGUAUGGUUCUGGUGGUCAUAGUAGACGUUACAGUGACCCGUCCCAAAAUGGCGAUUUGAGCUCAGGGUCAAAUUCUGGAAGUCGCCGGACACCUACUCGGUUGCCACCAGCCCCUCCGCCAUCUGGUUCAAGAUAUUAGAUAAACCAUGGUUUUCAUCAAGAUUAUGCAUUCUUGUUGUCUGGACGCAUUCAGUUUUUCUUGCUUUUAUUUCGAGACUGUUCCACACCCCUCUCUAAGUAACAUAGUGGAAUGUUAUAGGCUUGUAGAUAAGUAUUGAUUUGCAGUCAUCUUAGCAUGCGUCCAAUUUUAUUCCCUUACUGGGUAUGUGGGGGCAAUGUUGGGUAAGAUGAUAUUGUCUUCCCAACAUUUUUUUUUCCUAAAAAAAAAGAAUACAGAUGUAAUUGUUUUGUAUCUAUGUGAUUAUCAGCAGUUAUAUCAUUUGUCCAUCAA